AUGGAGGAAUGUCCUGAUAUGAUCAGCGGCUUACCAUCCGAAAUCAAGCUACUCAUUGUUUCAUUUGUCCCUUUGAAAGAAGCAGUAAGAACUAGCAUUCUUUCAACUAAAUGGAGGAGCUUAUGGGCACCAUUACAAGUAAUUUUGCAGUUGGAUUCAGCUCAGGUGACAAGUCAUGAAGCUAGUGAGAAGAUAAAGGAAGCCAUGGGUGUGUUAUUAAGGUCUCAUGAUACUCCUCAACCAUUGAAACUCCAUAUCAGCUCUUCCAAGAUGGAUAUAGAGUCUUCAGAAGUUAUGGAUGAAGUUUUUAUUAUGGUUGUUAAGAGAGUCGAUAAGGAGCUCCACCUUGACUUCUCUAAAGGAAAGCAAACGAUGCGCGAUUUCAAUUUGAGAACUGACUUUUCUUCUCUCAAGUCUCUCCACCUUAGAUCAAUCGCCCACCUCGCAGAGAACUUUGUGUCAACCUUGUUCUCUAGUUGUCGGUUUCUUGAGAGUUUAACCCUUGAAAAAUGCAGUGGACUACAAGAUAUCCGUAUCAAAGCAAGUGACUGUCUCCGAAGCUUUGUGAUGGUGGAUUGUACAAACGUAAUUAGUAUAUCACUUUCUGCAUCUAACCUUAAAUCCUUUUGGUACAGAGGAGUUCUUUCAAACUUUCAGCUGAAGAACACUCCACACUUGGUUGAUAUGAUACUCAAUUUGAAAGAUGGUUCGGGCCAAAACGAGUUUGAUGUUGAGGAUGCCCUCUCUUUUCUAGACUGUGUCAAGGACAUUGAAAUUCUUACUAUAAGCUGGCUUCUGGCUUCUUGA